GUAGUUGCUAGCGGAGCGGUAGGAUGCGGCGCGGUUUGGCAGGAGCUGUGAGUACGGAGCAGGCUGCUGUCGAGAACAGUGGCGCUGAGGAGACGCUGUGCCGCCUGCGCAGAAAACUGAGGAGCGGGGCUGCGCCUGCCGCCCUUGAGGAGACGCUGACAUCGCGCUGUGCUUUGCUGUUGAAGUAGCCGAGGCUCUUCUCAGCUGUGGUGUCUGGCACACGUGUAACCAGUAAAGACAAUACUGUAGGACUUGAAGAGGGGUUUAUUUCUGUGCCUAAGGGUAAAAAUAAGCGCAGAGCGCUCUGUGCCUUCGUGAGGGAAUAAGACCGCGUCCCUCCGCCCCUCGAGAUACAUCGGAGGCAGGGCUGAAAAGCCCGAGGAGCGCCUGUACGGUGCGAGGAAGAUAAGGCGUGUCUGCUGUAGCUGGAACCAUGGGAGACCUGCCUGUGAGAGACAUGGGUUCAACUCCACCUAGAAGUGGAGGAUUAGUAGCACCUGCACGCAAUGUUAAAGCUCGGCGAGCUGUGACACAAUUCAGUCAGAAGGAGCUGGAAGAUAAAUAUCUUUGUUUACGUGAUGAAAACAUCUUGCUUAAGCGGCAUGCAAAUAAGCAAGAGGAAACAAUUAAAAGAAUGGCCACCAGGUUAAUACGGCUUGUUAAAGACAAAAAAAGGAAUGAGCAGAUUGGUGGCAGCCCCAAGCGGCUGGGUCGUACUGUGGAGCUGGAAGAAACGAUUGAGCAGUUGCAGGGGAAAGUUCGUGAUCUGGAGAAACAAAAUGAGAUCCUCCGCAGCAAACUCAUUUCAAACAAACAGCAGGUCCAUGUUCAAAGCCAUAGGCCUGUUCAAUACAAAUAUGCUCAGUCUCUCGUUAACACUGGACUCAAAAAAGCAAGUGGUGCUGCUGGCACACUGGAACACACAAAGAAAGGAAUGGGAGUGCAGUGUUUAGAAGUGAGACCACCCCAAACUGUUCCCCAACGAUGUGGCCAGAGUCUGCUUGAGGAUGCAAGAGCUAAAAUAAGAGAUUUGGAAACUGUGAUCAAUUCCCAAAGGGAGCGCAUUGAGGAACUGGAGCAUCUUAAAGAGCUACUUGGGAGUCAGCUGAGAAAGAGAGAAAAAGAAAUCGAAGAAUCUGCCCUACAUGUGAAAGAGCAAGAGGCAGCAAAACAAAGGUCAAACAUUCGAGACAAUGUGGAAAUGAUUAAGGUCCGCAGACAGCUGUUUGAGAAAAGCAGUGCUCUUUCAAAUGUGGAAAGAAAAUUUCUCCAGCUUCAAGAGAACCAGAGGAAUUUGAAGACUAGCCAUGAUCAGUUAAUAGCAAAAAGUGAUGAGCUUAGUGUCCAGCUUAAAGAGGAGCAGUUAGAGUGCCUUCGUCUUAAAAACGAAUUGCAGUUGGUGACUAUUACCAAGCAAAGGACAGAGGAGUUACAGCAAAGAAUAAAUGAUCUAGAGCAAGAGAAGGAAGUCUUGAAGGAAAGCUAUGAUAAGCUAUCAAACAGUGUCUUCAGUGUGACCCAUGAACAGGAAUGGAAAUUAAAGGAAGAGCAACUGAAACUGCAAAUUGCUGAACUAGAGACUGCUAUCAAGUCUAGUUUAGCAGAGAAAGAUGAAAUCCUUGACAAGCUCAAAGUAGAGAGAGAUCAAAAGGAAAAGCUGAUGCAGGAGAACAAAGACCUGCAAUCACACUACCUGGAAAAUAAGCAAGAGCUAGAUGAACUGAAAAAUCGCAUGAAUUCAUUGACCAAGGAAUGUUAUGUUGAUGUUGAUGCAACAGAACUCAAUGAAGCUCUCUUGCUCAUAAAGGUUCGAAAGCAGCAGCAGAAUGGGGACCUUUUAUGUUUGGAAAAAGAAGGUGAUGGUAGCCCUGAAGAUUUGGAACAUUCCAUGAAGAAGCUGCAAUUAAUACAUGUGGAAACAGUGCACGAACUUGAAAAGACAAGGAAUAUGUUAGUUGUACAGCAUAAGAUUAACAAAGGUUACAAGACUGAAUUUGAGGCAAUGGCGCAGAAGAUGGAAAGUCUACAGAAAGGCUAUGAGUUAAAAAUAGAAAAGUAUGUCCAUCUUCUUGAUAGUAGGGCUGAAUGCAUCAGAAAACUUGAAGCCCAACUGAGAGAUGUUGUCUACAGUACUAAACGAUACAAACCCAGACCAGAAAUACUGCCAGUCAAUCCAGUGACUAAAUCUGAUGCAACUCUACAUUUAGAAAGAGGACAGGGCCUUUUUGAAAUUCAUAUCAACAGAGUGAUCUUGUCUUCUGCAGCUGUGCAUGCUUUUGGUGACCACGAACCUGCAACUUUUUGUUGUUUUACAUUUUAUGACUUCCAACUUCAAACAACUCCUGUUUUGUAUGGAAAUACCCAGUCAUAUCACUUUACUUCUCAGCAUCUCGUGAAGAUUGAUGACUGCUUCUUGAGCUACAUGAGGAAUAGCAGUGUCACUCUUGAGAUUCAUCAUGCAUAUGGCAGAGACCAUGAAACAGUAGCAAUAUGCCAGGUGGCCCUCCAUGAAACCCUGGAACAGAAUGGGAGGAUCUACGGCUCGGAAGAUUUAGUUGGAGUGAAUGGAAACGUCGAAGGUUUUGGUACUUUAGAAUACUGGAUCCGGUUCCGAGCUCCUAUGGAUCGAUCCAUUGGUCUUUACAAAGAGAAGUCCAAAGCUCGAGGGUAUAUAACACCCAGUUUGAGGGAAGACGGAUCACCAUUCCAGCCAAUUCCCAGAGCUGCCCAAGUCAGCACUUCAACAGAUGGCGAUUUAAAUGAGCUCCUUGUUACAAUAAAAUGUUGUAACCGUCUACAAUCCCAAAAGAAAUAUCUUCAGCCAAAUUCGUAUGUUGUCUACAAGUUUUUCGAUUUUGCACACCAUGAUACUCGCAUCAUUCCUAGCAGCAGCAACCCAGAAAUAGAUGACCAUAUGUGUUUCCAAAUGCCAAUGACUGCAGAGUUAGACCGAUACUUGAAAUGGGAAUCCUUAACGUUUUAUGUAUUUGAUGAUGCCGAAGUAGGAGAAGAUGGCUAUUUAGGGAAAGCCAGUGUGCCUCUUAUUCCCUUAGCAUCUAACAGAUCUAUCUCAGGUACAUUUGAAAUAACAGAUUCUGAAAGAAGAUUUACUGGUGCUAUCAGAGUUAUGUUAAAAUGGAAGUUUGCCUACCAACCGCCGAGUGGAGCCGCAGUGGCUUCAGACUCAGAGAAUUACAUUCAGAGUAAGAAAUCAGUGGCACCUAAAUUAGUUUCAGAAGAAGAAACUCAACCUCCAACCUCCUCUCCUUUUUUAACUUCAUCAGUGACAGUACCCGUACCGAAACCAAGACGCCGUACAGCUCCAACAGACAAGAAAGUGUCAUUUGUGAAUGCCAGUUCAGUACAGGUGACAGUUAAACAAGAAAAUCUAGCAGAUGUUAAGGUGAAGGAGACUGUUGAAGAAAUUCAACAAGAGAAAGAAGACCAUUCAUGUUUGCCAGAAGAGCAGCUGUCUGGCCAAGGCACAGUUACCUCUGGAAAUGAGACAGAAAUAUCUGAAGAACUGGAAUCAGAAGCAGGUGAAGAUGAUAGACACACAAAUGAUUCUGUUGAAUCGGAAACUGACAGCGACGACUGUAUUGUUACAAGUCCAAUAUCCAAAAAUAUUAUACAGGCAACUGAAAAAAUCAAGAUUGAAAUUAUAUCGUUUUGUCUUUUUGAGUCACGAAUUGUAGAAGAUGAAACAAUACAACAACUGUUUGUAGAAUGCAGAUUUUACAAUUUCACUGCACACGAGACCCCAAUGUCACUUCCAAAACCACCAAGUGGACACACGGUUCACUAUAACUAUAGCAGUGUGAUACAUGUGGAUAAGGCAAAUAAUCGCGCAAGAAGAGAGUAUCUCAAGUCUAUACUUCAAAAGCCAGAUCUAAAAACUGACAGGUACAUAUUAGCACAGAAAAACUCCAUAAAAGGUCUUUAUAAAGAGCGCUUAAGGUUUGCCUUUUGGCUUGUCUUGUUCCUUGACUAUACUGACAUAUCUAAUGAACUAGAGAGAAUUCUGUUUCAGCUGGGAACGUUACCUACAUCUUGCAGUGGUGAUGGAUACGCGUUUCUUCCCUGGAGUAGGUUUGUGUGGCGUGGGACAUCACUGUCUCUUUCAUUGUUGAGUUAUGUGUUUAGUGCUAUGUUUUGAGAUUUUUGUUAACAAUCUUGAUUUGCAAGAGCGUGACUCUAUCAUCAGCAUUUCAUCAGCACUGAAUUUUAAAACUGCAUAUAGCAGAGUAGUACAUCUUUUGCUUUCUGAAUUUAAAGAAUUAAGAGUUUGAAAGCUUUAGAAAGUGUUCUUUAGCCCUUGAAUUUCCAAAAACCUAUUUAUAAUUUGAUUCCACGGUUGGCUAUUAUAUAUAAAUUUAAUUGCAGAAGAGAACAUUUGUUGAUUCUAUUUGAAAUGUAGGGUUAGUUGUCCAUGGCUAAAAUACUUUUUAUUUAUUUUUAUAGUAGGGUAGGGUGAUCCCUCUUCAUUCUUUUUCCCUUCUAAAGCAAAGUUUCACAACUUUGACAGGAAAUAGAUUUUAUUGAAAUUGAGCACGAAACUCCAUGAAAAGAUCCUUGUGGGAAUGGAAAAUAUCACAAAAAGAAUUCUGAAGUUUCGAAAUGCAAAAGACAUAAGCAAGCAGAAGGCUGGUUUUAUCAUAUAGAAUAGGAAAGUGGAUAAUGUGCUCUAUUAAGAAUUUAAUGAAACAGAGGACCGAAUGUUCUUUUUUUUUUUUCCCCUUGGAAAUAAUUCAGUGAAGAAAACUAAUUAGUCUUUUAGGCUACGAUUUCACCUAUAAAUACUGCAGUGUCUUUUAUUUACCAAAUCUAAUGUAGAUUGAUUGAGUUGAAAAGUUCAGACUGUUUUUGUUUAUGAAAUAAGGUACAACAACAGCAGAAAACUUUUUCCAGAAAAGAAGCAUUCAUCUUUUAUUGUCACUAUCAUAGUAAUGUUACAUACAUAGGUUGUUUUAUUUGUUCUCACUGUGUGAAGUUUUGGUUCUGUGCUGACCAGAUAGCAAGGCAAGAAGUCCAUCACUGGACUAGUUCCCUACUUCAGCCUAGCAAGAGUACCACCAAGCAACAAAAUUUAUGAAAGGUUUGCUAUACACCAAAUCUUUUCAGUUCUGUGCGUUUUUAAACCUGGCCAAAUUAUAUCUUCAACACGUUUUCUAUCACAGGCCUUACAAAACUAGUAUCAGAGUUUUUUCAGCUGAUGCAGGAACUGAACUUUACAUUUGAGCUUUAAAGUUCAGGAAACCAAGUUAUCAAGGAUGUAAAUAUCAUUGAAAGCUGCCCCAGUGCGCUUUAGCCUGACACUUUAUUGAUGCUUGUACUGUGCCAUCUUAUAGGAGCAGUGAUAGUAUAUUAAGUGUACUGAACUGUGUAGUAUGUUUUCAGGUGAACUCACUGUCACAAAUGUUGCUAGAAAUGAUGCUUGUAAUGAUUAAUUCCAUACUAGAACAUAAAUAGAUACAUUACAUGUGAUCAUGCAAUCUCAUGUCUCACACCACUUGUUAUAAAAUCAAAAAAUGCAUGGAUUAGAACUUAGUAAGGCUAUGUCUGUAUUAUCUAGCAGUGGGAGAGAAUCUCUAGAGCAAUGUGUCUGUUCCUAAUGGUCUGAUAUUCACUAUACAUAUUUUGGGAUGAUUUUCAUAAUUCAUAAUACUCCUAGCUGAUCCUAUUGACUGAAUGUCUUUUUGCAGCAGAAUGCUGGCAGGGCUACUUCUGGAGCACGUCUGGUUUUGACCAUUACAAGAAGAAUCCAGUUAACAAGUUCCAAGACUACUUUGCAAACAAAAGAACUGUAACUGGGGACAGAUGAAAAGUUUUACUUCAUAACAAGCAAUACAUACGUCCAAGCCCAGACACUUUCAUUAAGUGUGGCCUGACUGAACUGAAGUAGUGGAACUUCUCUUACAAGCUUUGCUAUCAAAGAUUUUAGCCAAUGCAACAUAAAUGACAUUUAAUCUAAACUAAGUAUUAUUGCCAUUCGGUUGUUUUUAGUUCUUCACAUCAGACAGCUUGAAUGGUGUUGGACAGUGGUGUGAAAAAUGAAAAGAAACAAAAAUACCCCUUACUACUUUUAAUUGUUGUGUAAAUUAAUUUUCUGAAAUACCUGAAAGUAUGUAGGUAUAAACUUGGUUUUGGGAAGAAGUGUAAAGAAACGAAGUGACUUCUUCUACUACUGUUAAAUAAUGGUAAAGAGGGAGGGAUAAUGUGACAGGAAGGGUCUCUCAAACUAUUGUUUUUGUUGAAAACAUUGCACAUCAUUAAUAGAGAGAUCUGGUUUAUGCUUAACUGGUAAUGUAGAGCCUUUUUGCCUUCUUCAUAUGUUUUUGAGUUGAUUUUAAGCCCUUUUGAAGGUAAAAAUCCUUUUUUUUUUUUUUUUUUUUUUCUUUCU